AUGGUCACAUUUAUUCCUGAUGAUCUUGAACUUUGGACUUUGUUUGAGGUGGACAGUUAUGUUGGUGGAGUGGAAAGUCUCAAGAAUUUUAACAGGCCCAAGCCCGUUUCAUCCUGUAACUUGAACAGUUAUGAAGAAAUUUCAGCAGCUGUCUACAGUCGAAACAUCACCAAUCUCCCUCAUCAGGACACUAUUAUUUAUGGCUAUCUACAAUCCUUCAAGUAUUUUGAUUUCAUGAAAUCAGAAAUUCUACAACACCAAUUCCAUUUUAAAGAAAAGUACAGGAACCUUGCGGAAGUGAUGCUUCAACGAGCCAUCACCACGCACAAGUCAAAUGUCCAAUCCCGUAAUGGUUAUCUGGUUGAUAUAGUUGUGGUUGGUAUACAUGUUAGACGAGGGGAUUUUGUUCGGAGCCAAUCACAGGGUUAUGUACCAGCCCCCCUGCCUUAUUUCUACCGUGCCAUGAACUAUUUUCAUACAAGAUACCCAAACGUCAUGUUCUUUGUUUGUAGCAAUGAGAUUAUUUGGUGCAAGAAAUAUCUGGAUGAUGAUAACAUUUUCUAUUCCGACAGCGCCAGCGACUAUGUAGAUUUGGCUGCAUUGUCUUUAUGUAAUCACACGAUUAUCUCAUCAGGUUCGUAUUCUUGGUGGGCUGGCUAUCUCAAUCGUAAGUGUAUUAUUGUGCACUUAUCUAUCUGUUUAUCUGCGUCUGUUUCUUUUUUAUCUAUCUAUCUAUCUAUCUAUCUAUCUAUCUAUCUAUCUAUCUAUCUAUCUAUCUAUCUGUGA